UACAUUUCGUGUCAUAUUUUCAAAGAGAUUUUAGAAUGCGUUCAAUAUUUACAUGAAUUGAAUCCUCCGGUCAUUCAUAGAGACCUUAAACCUGACAAUAUAUUAGUGGCGAAGGCUGUAAGGAACGGCAGGUUUUUCAAAAUCUGUGACUUUGGUUUGGCUACUGUUCACCAGCACUCGUCAGAUAAGGGAGACCUGAGAUAUCAGGCGCCAGAAGUUGGUCAGGGAGUGGUCUAUAACCAUAAGAUAGAUGUCUACAGUUUGGCCAUAAUUGCUGAAAAAGAUAUUUUUGGAAUUCAUUUGGAGGACAAACUGUAUUUACUAAAAAAUUCAGACAAUGAAGUUAUGAAUAAAUGUGUCAUUAAAUUAACACAAGUAUUGCAUUCAAUGUCAUACUAUAACUGGGAUUACCCGCACAUAUCCGGCCCUCACUGGACAGACAGACCCGAGUGUUCACAAGUAUUAUCAGAAUAUAACUUAUGGUCUAUUCAUGAGAAUUGUCUCAAAACUGAUCCCACAUUUGAAUUC